GCCAAUUUUCUCGCGCGCGCUAGCAGCUGUGGCGAGUGCCGGCGGCUACUGCAGGCACAAGGCAGCUUGCCGGAGCUGGAGCUUUGUGGCUCCGUGCUGUGCUGCUACAAAGACUAUUGACAUUAGUGUUUUCAGCGGCAGAGCCUUCUUAAGGCAGAUCGCGCCGCUUUCCACCAAAGCUACAGGCAUUCAUCGCCUAGACUGCCAUUAGGCUUUGAGCGCCUAGCCAGAAACAUGCCACGGGGAAGAAAGAGUCGGCGCCGCCGUAACGCCAGGGCUGCGGAAGAGAACCGCAACAAUCGCAAGAUCCAGGCCUCAGAGGCCUCCGAGACCCCGAUGGCUGCCUCUGUGGUCUCCAGCACCCCAGAAGACGAGCUGAGCGGCCCAGAGGAAGACCCAAGCACUCCGGAAGAGGCCUCUACCACUCCUGAGGAAGCCUCCAGCACUGCCUUAGCACAAAAGCCCCCUGUAGCCCGGAGCAAUUUUCAGGGCACUAAGAAAAGUCUUUUGAUGUCCAUAUUAGCCCUCAUCUUCAUCAUGGGCAAUAGCGCUAAGGAGGCCCUGGUCUGGAAAGUGCUGGGGAAGUUAGGGAUGCAGCCUGGGCGACAGCACAGCAUCUUCGGAGAUCCCAAGAAGGUCGUCACAGAAGAGUUUGUGCGCCGAGGAUACCUGAUUUAUAAGCCAGUGCCCCGCAGCAGUCCGGUGGAGUAUGAGUUCUUCUGGGGCCCUCGAGCACAUGUGGAAUCCAGCAAGCUGAAAGUCAUGCAUUUUGUAGCAAGGGUUCGUAAUCGAUGCUCCAAGGACUGGCCUUGUAACUAUGACUGGGACUCAGAUGAUGAUGCGGAGGUGGAGGCUAUCCUGAAUUCAGGUGCUAGGGGUUACUCUGCACGCUAGGGAAAUUUGAGGCAGACCCUUAAGAGUGGAAAAGAGAGUUCAAGGUAUCCCAAGGAGUAGAUGGCCUGGGUCUUGUGUUGACAGUAAUGUGGAUCGGGGGAGGGUACUGUAAUUGCUACUUGUGAUCAGUGCUAAUUGUUUAACUGAGAAAUAGAAUGUUUGCUUUAGAUAUUGUAAACUCAUAAUCAUUUUACAAUGCUUUGAUUAAGGAUGACAAUAUGUUUCCAUUUAAAAUCGGUGUUUUUUUUCUGUCAUUGAGAUCUGUUAUAAUAGCUUUGUUAUCACUCUGAAAUGAUUUCUUUUCAUUAUAUUUUGUGAUGUGGUACACGAUUAUAUCAUUGAAAUAAGCUGUUCUUUGGAGGUUUGAUAAAACCAGUAAAAUGUGGAAGGAAGAUGAGAGAAUUGUUCAUAUCUGACCUUUCUGAAAUCCUUUCUAUCUGCUGUCUUGUAAAGAACACACUACUAUGAAUAUGGUUACUUACACAAAAAUAUAGACAAAAUAAAAGCAUAGUAACUAA